AUGCAAGAAAAGCGCGUGUCAGACGAGGACAUGGAGCAGGCAGGCCUUCCUCACACUCUUAACGAAGCUCUGGACGAGUGGUUAGAGGCGGCAGGUCUUACUGAAGAAGGGUCUGAGGCUCAGUCCGCAGAAGGGGUUGAGGCUGCAGAGGGGUCUGAGGCUGCAGAGGGGUCUGAGGCUGCAGAGGGGUCUGAGGCUCCAGAGGGGUCUGAGGCUGCAGAGGGGUCUGAGGCUGCAGAGGGGUCUGAGGCUGCAGAGGGGUCUGAGGCUGCAGAGGGGUCUCAGGCUGCAGAGGGGUCUGAGGCUGCAGAGGGUGCUGAAACUGUAGAGGGGAUUGAGGCUGUGGCGCAAUGCCAAGUACCGGAGCCUGCAGCAGACCCAUCCGAAGAAGCGAUGCAAAAACUGGGUAACCUGCUAUCCUUGCUGUGCAGUACCCACAUGAGCGGAGGACACAGCUACAAUGAGGUGCUGACAAAGCAUCAGUCCGUGGGAGAAGAGCUCAAGGCGCUCAGGGAAAGUGUUGACAUGAGCUACAUUGACGAGUAA